CUGAACAUCUAUCACAGAAGAGACGUCAGAAAGAUGCAGGAGCCUAAAAGAGGCCCACAGAACUCCUGGUCAUUCCGCCUUAAAGGGGUCCUGGAUAACGUGUCCCAGGAGGAGAUGUAUGACAGAGUGUGUCGCCCGGUGGUGCAGGGAGCAUUGGACGGUUAUAAUGGUACUGUGAUGUGCUUUGGGCAGACAGGUGCAGGAAAAACCUACACCCUGACAGGGUCCACAAAAUCCUACCAGCAGCGAGGAUUCAUUCCUCGAGCUCUUCAACAGGUGUUUCAGGACAUGAAGAAGAGGACUGACUCGUCCUUCUCAGUGCACGUGUCUUUCAUGGAGAUCUACAAUGAGACGCUGUUUGACCUGCUGUCACAAGUGCAGGACUCGUCCCCUCCGUCUCCUCAGGGCAUAGUGGUGCUGGAGGAGCCGGGACGAGGAGUGUUGAUCAGAGGUCUGUCUGUUCACCCAGUGUUGACCGAGGAAGAUGCACUUGACCUGUUCUUUGAGGGUAAGAUGAACUGCAUCACUGGAUCUAAUAGCCUGAACAGAAACUCCUCCAGGUCCCACUGUAUCUUCAAUAUUCACAUAGAGUCUCGCUCGCGGACUUUAUGUGAGGCCAAAUACAUCACCUCCAAGCUGAGUCUGGUGGAUCUAGCUGGGUCGGAGAGAGUGGGAAAGACCGGGUCAGAGGGUCAGAUGUUUAAAGAAGCCACGUACAUCAACAAGUCCUUGUCAUUCCUGGAGCAGGCCAUCCUGGCCCUGGCAGACCGCCGCAGAGACCACGUUCCCUUCAGACAGACCAAACUCACAUAUGUCCUCAAAGAUUCGCUGGGAGGGAACUGCAACACUGUGCUUGUGGCCAACAUCUACGGAGAAGCUAAACAUAUAGACGAAACCAUUUCUACUUUGCGUUUUGCAAGUCGAAUGAAAAACGUCCAGACCGAACCUGCUAUUAAUGAACAAAUGGAUCCAGUUCUCCAGAUCAAGAAACUUGAGAGGGAGGUGCAGGUGCUGAAAGAGGAGCUGGCUAUCCAUAAUACUCUGGCGAUGAGGCCGGAUGUCAAGUAUGAGCCGCUGUCCGAAGCCCAGUUGGCUGACAUCAGCAGUCAGGUUCAGAGCUACCUUGACGGAAGCCUAAAGGAAAUCAAUGUCAUAAGUAUCAAGCAGGUCCAAGGAGUAUUUGCCCAGUUUAAACUUGCUGUGCAGAAACAGGAGCAGAAGGCUCAGACAUGCGACACCUGCAGCUUGAUGAAGAAAGACCAAGGUCCCGUCAAGGAGUCGGACAGAAGACAGGAUGCGGAGGCCGGCAGCAUUGGGGCGUCUACUCAGAAACAGACUCAGCGUCCAAGUAAGGUCACGUCCAGAAGGAAGAAGUCCAGAGACAAACACAGCACGACGCUGGGAGAAGGGAGUCCAUCUCCAAGGCCGCGUAGCGAGAGUUCCUCCAGGAAGAUGAGUUCUGUCCAGACGUCUGAUGCAGAACUCGAGUCACCGGAACCAGACGAUGAGAACCCCGACACUCAGAAGUCACAGCCACCUGAAUCUGAGUCUCCUUCACAUAAAUCAAAAGCCUUUGAGAAUUUUAAGUUGGGACGAGGCAGCCAGAUCAACGGCAUCCUGAGGGACAACAAGGCAGUGCUGCUGGAACGCCACAGUCUCCUCCUUCAGCUCACCGAGAAGGUCAAGGCUGUCAAGAGAGCGAUCGAGGGUGUGAUGUUUACCAUACAGCAACGCAAGCAGAUGAGAGCGGCUCCAGAUGAUGAUGAUGAUGAGGAAGAAGCCGAAUUAGUGCUGCAGCUCAGUGAGCUGAAGACUCUGUAUCAACAGAGGCACAAGGCGCUGCUCGACAUCAAGGAAGAGGUCAACUACUGUGAACAUCUGGUGGAUCAGUGCGGGGCGCGCCUCGUCGCCGAAUUUGAAACGUGGUAUGAGAAGACUUUCCUGUUACCUGAGGAGGAGCUGGAUUCAUCUGUGAAGAGACUUGAACUGAUUAACAAUAAGGAGCAGUGCCCCAGUGCUCAGUCCUUCUACAACGCUCACCAGCGGACGCAGAAAAGGAGAAUCGUCAGGGCUCAGAGGAACUCUUCUGCAAGGUUCAGUGACAGGAGUCUCCCUUCAACUCAACCUGCUACUUAAUCAAACCCCAUCACCAGCAGAGCCAGAAAGAUGAAGACAGAACACUCCUGCGCAGCACUCAAAGUGGGCGGAUCCUUUCAACCUGCUGGAGAAACGCCACAUUCAAACCAGCAGCUGAGAAAAAGCAGGAGCAGAAAACCGAAGCACUAGUGACUGUUAAAACCUGCCACCUCCCUGAGCUACUAUAACAACGAAGCUACUUCAGGAACCAACGUGUUUCAGACAUGCACUGAAAUCUGGAGUUCUUUGUUUGGAAGAUUUACAGCGAGCGGGCGGCGUGUUGACAACGUGACGGACACAAAACUGGAUGAAGCAGAGCAGCCGAACACGUAGAAGAUGCUGACAUCUUUGUCAGCCUGGAAAAACAACGAGAUUCGAGCACUUUGGUGUAAAGGGCCGACGCUGUGCUGUCAACAAAAACAAUCUUUCCACAGUGGAAUUCCUACGUCAUGUCCUGCCUCCGCCACCCCCCCGCCUGAAUGUUCCGGACAUUUUCCUGCUGAAGUGAACGGAAAAUGUCUAGACCCAAUUUUUGAGACUUUUUCCAGGUGGAUGUAGAAUUAAAAUUAAAAAUUCUCGUUGAUUUCGGACCUGCCGUCUGUAUUUGUGGAUUCUAUCCUUGUUAUAGUUUCAACCUUGUGACGCAUUUUUACAGUGAUCUAGUUUGAUGAGCUCCUCAUAAUCACUCUGAACACAAUCAUGCUCGCUCCGGAUCAAAGUUAGUAUCAAUCUGACGRGUGUCU